AUGCCGACAUUCUCGACACGAUUGGAGAGAGUCGGUCUGAGAAAGGGUUCGUUGCUGCGUGUGGACGUCCGACUUGGCGGUCUUUUGCGCGAUCAAACUGAUCCUUUCACGACGUUCCACCCGAUCUGUGGAUUCGAGAAGCCAGAAUGCUCAACUCGUUGCCAUGGGGACGAGACGCUUGUCGAGCCGUUACGAUUAACUUAG